UGACUCUAAAACCCCAGAGGAAGUUUAAACGCUAGGUUCCGAGCGAAGCACCCUCAGAACUGUCAGUUGCACCCUGCAGAGAGGAAGACAUCUGUUCUGUGGCACUGGGCCUGAUCUGCUUUAAAUAAGCUGUAUAAGAUCAGGACUCACAAAACUCUUUCACCUCCAUAUUUCACACAGACAGGCUCCAGACCCUGGGCUGCUGCCUCCGCACAGUGUCUUUGCUGCGGAGGCUUGAAAAAAGAGGAAGGAGAAAAGGGAUCAUUUUCAGGUCUACCCCUAUGCACGUGUUUCGCAUCUGUGCACAGCGGUCCCUAAAAACAGCAAGCACCACUGAAUCAGCCAGCUCCCUCACAUGAUGAACAACAGUUUCAACGAAUGCAUAGCCACCCAGAACAUAGUGGCCAACGUGAUGCCACCAGUCCUCAUCAUUGAGUUCCUGCUGGGCUUGCCGACUAACAUGGUGGCGCUUUGGAUCUUUUGCCGCCGUCUACAUGCCUGGAGGCCCAACACCGUGUACCUGAUGAACCUGAUGCUGGCAGACUUCCUGCUGCUGGCCUCCCUGCCCUUCCGCAUCGACACCCUGAGGCGUGGCGAGAACUGGGUGUUCGGCGACGCCAUGUGCCGGAUGAACCUCUUCAUGCUGGCGGUCAACCGCUCCGCCAGCGUCGCCUUCAUGACCAUGGUGGCGGUCGACCGCUACUUCAAGGUGGUCCACCCGCACCACCGCGUGAACCGGCUGAUGGCGCGGCACACAGUCGCCGUCUCGGGGGCGGCGUGGGCGGUGGUGGUGUGUCUGCGGCUCCCCCUGGUGACCGAGAAGCUCCUGCGGCCAGACAAAGGAACGGGCAACCUCAUGUGCCGCAGCUUCGGCGGUUACGAACACCCGCCCCCGGGCAUCCGGCUGCACUACGCGGUGUUCGUCGGCGAGGUCCUCCUGCCCUUGCUGCUGCUGAUUUUCUGCUCCGUGCGCAUCAUCUGCAUCCUACAGUUGAGGCAGCUGGACAGGAAGCAGAAGGUGAGGCGGGCCAUCCAUGUCAUCCUGCUCAUCGUGGGCGUGUUCACCGUCUGCUUCCUCCCCAGCGUCGCCACGGGCCUCUCCGCCAUCUUCAUCAAGAAGUUCCGCCCCCACGACUGCCCCUCCUACCUGCUGGCUGGCCAGCUGUUCAGCCUCUCCAUCGGCUUCACCUACCUGAACAGCGCCCUGGACCCGGUCAUCUACUGCUUCUCCAGCAGCUUGUUCCGGAACGCCCUGAAGGAGUCCAUCAACGGCCUGGGCGGGUUCAACAUGCAGGUUAGCCGGCGGGGCAGUGUGACCAGCGACGGAUGAGGGAAGGCUGGGCGUGGCCACAUCCGGAAGAAAUUCUCCUCCCUCCCCCACUUCAAGAGAAUGAUUUUCUGAAAGUCGAACCUGACCCAGCACCACCUACUCAUCAUGGCUCCUCUGAAGUCUCUGGGCUGUCCUGUCUGAACUUUUGCAAUGCACUCUUAUUUUAAAUGUCUACAGCCAAUAU